CAUCACCACGUGUCUUCUAAAUCUCUUUGCAUGUCUUUGCAAGAUCCUGCUAGCAAGCUCAGUCUUCUACUAGGCUACCUUCUCCGGGGGUACCUACCCCCAUUUUACAAGCUGUGAAGGUCCCCACACACGCCCAAUGGACGAGCUAGGCCCAUACGUUCUACAAAAUGUUCAAGGUCUCAAACCAAAAACUGUGGAGAAUCUCGACUCUGGAGCGUAUGGCGUCGUGUUUGAAGUCACUCUGAACGGGCUGCCGUGUAUGGCCAAACGUCUGCACGCCAUUCUAGUCAAAAACGUCUCCAAAGAAGACAAGAACAACAUAGAGAAGAGGUUUCGGAGCGAAUGCCUUUUACUGAGUCGUCUAAAACAUCCGAAUAUUGUGCGUUUUAUUGGCGUAUGCUACCUCGAGUCAAACAUUGAUCUAGCUCUAGUCAUGGAAAAACUGCACUCGGACGUAGCGGCUUUUGUUCGUGUCCAUGCCCACAUCCCCAUCCCCAUCAAGACCUCUGUCAUGUUGGACGUGUCCUAUGGUCUACUUUAUCUCCACACUCAGACUCCACCCAUAAUUCAUCGCGACCUCACGGCUCCCAACGUCCUCCUCACCAGCGACCUUAGGGCAAAGAUUGCCGACCUUGGAGUUUCGAAAGUUCUGAGCAAUCCUCAUUUGGUAACGAAGACUGUAGCCCCUGGAAACAUUAACUACAUGUCCCCGGAGACUAAAGUGGAGAGCCCUACAUACGGCACUGCAGUGGAUGUGUUCAGUUUUGGGCACCUGCUCGUGCACAUCUCUAUUCAAGACUGGCCACCCGUGUACGAGUUGAACGACCAUGUAGCUAUGCAGCAAGGUUUAAUGGAGAUAGCAAAGAGAAAGAAAGCGUUAGAGACGAUGGGAGAGAAGCAUCCUCUCCACCCAUUGGCUGUCGAGUGUCUCCAUGAUAACCCGGCUAGGAGACCCCCUGCAGAGGAGCUCAACAAGAGGCUGGCUGACCUUUGCAUCCAUGAGUACCCAAAGACAUUCGCUGACAUACUGGAUGUCACAGCUGAGGAGGACAAGUCCCAACUAACGGGGGUGCAGGUGUCAGAGGACCAGUUCAAAGCAUCAGAGGAGAUGAGACGAGCGCUGGCUGACCAGUUGGAGGCCCUGAGGGGAGAGAUGGUGGCCAUGGUCACACAUAGAGAAGGGAUGGUGGAACAGCACUCACGACUCGAGCACAAGUUCAAACUGGCAGGGGACCAAGUCACCACACUGACAACCGAGAACGCUACUCUAGUCAAGGAGUGUGAGGGUCAAAAGGUCACCAAUCUUCAACUAAGGAAUGAUAUGCAGACAGACCGCGUUAGACUAGAGACUACCAUUGCUGACACAGCACGUCUCCAUGACGAUGUGCUGGCUAAUAAACAGGAGGUGAAGUCAGAGAAGGCGAAAUUUAAACGCCUUCAGACCAAGCUGACAGAGAAGGAGGGUCAGCUGACAGCGAGUGAUGAUAGCCUGAGGGAGCUCAGAGAGACGCUGCAGACCAGGGAGGAGGCUAAUGAUGAAGAGAUUGCCCGUUUGGUUAACGAGAAUCGGCUGUUGGAAGAGGAGAAAAUGGGACUAGCUCAAAACUUGGAGAAGGUGAUGGUUUCCUCUCGUGCUAAGAUAGAGCAAACUCUGACUGAGCUGCAGACCCAGGUCACUGCUCUGAGGGCCAGACACACUGCAGGGGAGAGAGAGGACCAGCCUCCCGAGAAUAGAGGAGCUAUAAAUUUGCCUGGUGUGGAGGUCAUAGGUCAAACCACCCUUAUUAUCACUCGAUCAGCACAGUGCUUCAAAUGGGACGGUCACGGACUGGAAAUCAACGUACCCCCCAACACGCUACCCCCUGAAAUCGAUCACUGUGUCCUGCAGAUUUACGUCAGUCUCUCAGGGCAAUACAAACUACCCGACAAUAACGAGCUAGUCAGCGCUAUCUAUUGGAUCAGACCAAUCCCUUACUGCAAAUUCACUCAGCCUGUAACGCUUCAACUACAACACUGUGCUCAGAAAUCUCACCGCAAAAACCUGUCUUUUAUUCGAGCAGUUUGCACGCAGGAGAAGCUACCGUACACGUUCACUAAGCUAGAUGGAAGAGGGGUGUUUUCAGAGGAGAGUAGAUUUGGCUUGAUAAAGUUGGAGCAUUUCUCUGGUUUUGCUAUCACUGCCGAGGGCGGUGCGGAGAUGCUGUACACAGCUGGGCUCUACUAUAUCGGACUUGGACUUCGUAGCUGGGAGAUUCAUCUCGUGGUCAACCGAGACACUGAGGUUUAUAACACAUGCAUUGGGAGGUCAUACACUAGACGGAGGGCGGUGGUGGGUCCGUAUAUGCCCAUAGAGUUUGAGGCGGACACAGUGACACUGGACAUACCAUUCGAGGGUCGCCCUGUCGGUAACUGGACUAUCAGAUCACUCGUCCCACCUCAGCUGACUCGGAAGAGAGUGGACUAUUUCCAACCUGGCUCCCCUACAAUCCCACACUGUCGAUUCAAGGCGCGGGUCGCCAUGGAGACGCCUAACAUCCCUGAGCUAUGUUAUCAACUGGUCAUCGACGGUGCUAAGAAACCCAACGUCAUGGUGAUAGAUAUUGAGCCUCAGGCGGUGGAGAGGAGACCAAGAUAUGCUCUGAGAGGCGCCCCCCUCCCAGCUGAAGCCGAGGCUCCUAGUCUGGACCAUCUCAUGGAGCACACUGGAGUCACUGACCAACACUUGGACCAAACUUCCACUAAAGAGGCUCUCUCACUGAUAGCACCUCACCUCCACAACUGGCUCAGCUAUGCCAAUGCACUGGGACUGUCACCUCAGCAGAUACAAGACAUUGAUACUGACAAGAAUAAGGACAUUGCUAUGAAGGCCGUUUCAGUGUUAGACUUGUGGAAGAGAAGGACCGGCUUUAGAGCCACUUAUAGAUCGUUAGUGUGCGUGUGUUUGAGACUGAGUGAUGCUCAACUAGCUGAACACGUGUGUCGAACUGUGUUAGAACAAUGACAAUUUCCUGCUUCUUUAAUAAUAAAUUAAAUGUUUAUGGAAGGAUUUAUCGUGCGUUUUGAUUAUCGUUAAUAAUUAUAAUAAUAAUUAUUAUAAUUUUAUCGGCCGUAUAUA